AUGAAAUUGGCGGGAAGUACGAACGCAACAAACGCGCCAAUUUACGAAUCGCAGCGACGGCGUUGUACCCAACGGUCGAAGGAAAGAACAGUACGUAUUUACAGUCUAUGCGAAGUAUCCAGAAGAUAUUGGCGCUUCGACCGGUGGAUUACCGGGUCCUUCUUUGCCGGAGCUGAAUUGGCGUUUUGCUCCGGAACACGGAGAAGCUUCGAAGUCGAAUGCCUGCUCUCGCUGCACUGGCGAUCAUUGUCUGAUUUCAGGCGGCUUCGCACUCCUGCGAGGCGAUUGUGUGCUGCCCGGAUCGUGAGUUCUCCAAUUGCGCAAGGCCAUCGCGGUCCUGGUCCUUGUAAUGAUGUUGUCAUGAGUUGA